GAAUAAGCCAGGAUAAACUUAUGAAUGGAUGUUCCAUUGAUUAAUAUGCGGAGUUUUACAUGAAUUAACUUGGCAUAGAGCCUGAAACAAGCAGCUGUAAAACGUUCCUGCCCCAUCAAAUCGCCGGUUUUCAAUUAACAUCGGCCGUUUUUGGUGAGAUAUUUUCGAAAUACGAAAUAGAAAGCCCCAAGUAACGCCUUUCACGAACAAUCUGUGCGUCUUUGGCCCGGACCAACCACCAGGGAAAGGAUGUUGUACCCGCCAAACCCGGCCGUAAAAAAGGAGUUGUUCAGUAAAAUGGGUUUCGUGGUCGACAAGGUAUCUGAAGAUUCAUUUUACGAGAAUUUACUGCUGGGACUGUCAAAAGUUUUGGAAAAAAGUCCUUGCGUCUCAAAAAUAAGUCUAAAAAGACUGUCGGGAGUUAGACAAGUUGAUAUUAGAGCUUGGGAGCAUAAUAACGGAGUUAUUCUACCGGAAGAUUUAAGAGGAUUUUAUUCUUCUACAAAUGGGUUUCUUUUUACUUACGAGUUCUCCUACGAUUACCGUACUACCAAUGAAGAAGACAAAGAAUUCAGGUUGGGUCUAAUUCAAAUUAACCCAAUAAAUGACAUGAUAAGAAUAUUCGGAUAUGAAACCAAAACUAAUGCUGGUAUAGAAUGCGUGGGAAAAAAACAUGUUUUGUCCUUAUCUAGAGAAAGCAAAGUUUUCGAAUUGGCAAAUGUCGAUGAUAAUGCUAAAGUGGUUUUGGUAUAUCCAACUGCAUAUUCCACGCCUACUAUAUGGUUUUAUUGGGGCCAAAUGACGUUUUCUUAUCUAGCCGAAGAUUUUACCACGUAUUUUAGAAUGUGUAUAGCACAUCUAGGAAUACCAUGUUGGCAAUAUGUCUUUUCCAAAGAAGGUCUUCCAGAAUGGAGCAGAGAAAUGUUCAACAUUAUAGCGCCAGGGGUGCUGAACGAAGACAGAAAUUUAAUAGAAAAACACCAAUACAAUUCAGAUAACAUAAACAAAAUCGAUCCGAAUAUAUUUACAUCUUCCAGUGGUUGGCACAAUACUAACCCAGAUAAAAACAAUAGUCGCGGUCCAGAUCCCAAACUAAAAGAAAAAUCUAAAGGAAAAAGUGUACCUAAGAAAAGUGUAAGCGCCAAAGGAAAAAAACACUAAACUUUUACAUAUUUAGGACUUUAUUUUGGUAAUAUAUUGCCGCUUAAGUUUAUUUACAAUAAACUUAAGAUACAUAUCUACAUAUAUUUGAUUUUAAUAAAUGUGAAAUAACUGUA